AUGAAGGUAGAAACCUGCUGCUAUUCCGGCUACAAGAUUUACCCCGGCCAUGGAAAGAGGUCCGUGAAGGUCGACGGCAAGGUCCAAAUUUUCCUCAACGGCAAGUCCCAACGAGGCACGGCCCUCAAGCGGAACCCCCGUGAAGUCACAUGGACCGUCCUUUACCGAAGGAAGAACAGGAAGGGAGCCCACGGUGAGGAGAGCCAACAAAAGAAGAAGACCAAGAAGACCGUCACCACGAUCACCCGCGCGAGAACAAGCCGUCAAGGAGGCUAUGACGCCGCUGCCAAGAAGAAGGCCGCAAACAAGGAAAAGAAGGCUGCGCAACCCAAGACCGCCCAACAGAAGGCCCCCAAGGCCGUCAAGACCCAGCAGCCCCGCGUCGGAGGCAAGCGA